GCGAGCACGGCAGCUCCUCCCCCUGCGUCUCUGGCCUCGCCGGUCUUGGGGGGAUGGUUCCAUCAUGGCGUCAAUGCAGACCACAGGAAGGAGGGUGGAAGUAUGGUUUCCAAAACGACUACAGAAAGAACUGUUGGCUUUGCAAAAUGACCCACCUCCUGGGAUGACCUUAAAUGAAAAGAGUGUUCAAAAUUCAAUUACACAGUGGAUUGUAGACAUGGAAGGUGCACCAGGUACCUUAUAUGAAGGGGAAAAAUUUCAACUUCUAUUUAAAUUUAGUAGUCGAUAUCCUUUUGACUCUCCUCAGGUCAUGUUUACUGGUGAAAAUAUUCCUGUUCAUCCUCAUGUUUAUAGCAAUGGUCAUAUCUGUUUAUCCAUUCUAACAGAAGACUGGUCCCCAGCGCUCUCAGUCCAAUCAGUUUGUCUUAGCAUUAUUAGCAUGCUUUCCAGCUGCAAGGAAAAGAGACGACCACCAGAUAAUUCUUUUUAUGUGCGAACAUGUAACAAGAAUCCAAAGAAAACAAAAUGGUGGUAUCAUGAGCCUCCCUCUGCCUCUCAGGUUCAAGCGAUUCCCUUGCCUCAGCCUCCUGAGUAGCUGAUACUACUGAUGUGUGCCACGACGCCCGGCUAAUUUUUGUAUUUUUAGUAGAGGGAGGGUUUCACCAUGUUGGCCAGGCUGGUCUCAAAACACCUGACCUCAAGUGAUCCGCCCGCCUCGGCCUCCCAAAGUGCUGGAAUUACAGGUGUGAGCCACCGUGUCCAGCCUGAAAACUUAUUUUCUAAAGGGAAAUUAAUCUUAACUGUUUAUUGAUUUGGAGAUUGUAUCUCAUUGGUAAAGUACAGUUACUUCCUUCUCAGUCUAAAGACAAAUUGUGUAUUAUUCUGUGUUAAAUAGCAUGGCACUGUUGAUCAGGAGUUUACUUCUGUCUCAUUACAAUGUGAACUUGUUGCCCAUAAAAUAAUUCUUUUAAGAUUGAUACAUCCUGAAUAUGUACUAACAUGUCAUGUCAGUUUAUUAUUUUAAAUAGAAUGUACUAAUAACAUAUCAUUUUAAGGUUUAUGUGAACUAUUUCUCUGAAAGAAUAAAACUUAAUUUGUCACUGUAUAAUUGAACAUAUAUUGCACUUUGUAUUCACAGGUUUGGGGGAGGCAGAUCAGACAUGUAAACUGUGUACUUCUUGCUAAUUGAAAUUAUUUCUACAUUAAACAGACUUGUAGAAUUUACUUAUACAUGCUUGACUUUUUAAUUAUCUUUUUUCUCCUUUUCUUAAAGAUGAUACUUGUUGAUGCCACUGUUAUCAUCCUCCUAGCAGAAGAUAGUCCUACUGAGAAAAUGAGCACUUUGAUCAUUCAGUCUUUGAACUUUAACCUUUGACUGGAAGUGACCUAUAGGCAACGAAGACUACUUCCUUUUACUGCAUUUUUACUCGUGUGCAUUCUGGGCGCAUGUUGAUCGCUGGUUCAGUCCAGGCAACUGACAUGCUUUUAUUAGUCAUACAGUAUUAAUGCAGGUGUCAGGAAAUGUCAAAUAUAAUUCCAUUUUUUAUUUUUAUUUUUUUAAGCUUUUGGAAAAGCUCCAGGUCCUCAUGUAUUGUGCAAUAACAAUGACUUCCUUGGCGAUUUUGGUACGUUCAUUGCCGGCAAUGGACGUUGUAACAGGAAAAGUUUUCAUUAACUCCUGCCACUCAAUGAUUAAUGCAUGAUAGGGCCUAUGAAAUGAACUUAUUGGUUAUAGUGGGAAUAUAAAUAAAGUGAGGGAUCCAACAUUACUUUAAAAGUCACCCCAGCUGUUUAUAUUUGGAUUCUAUGCACUGUGAUCCUAAGGUUAACAGCAUGAAUUAACAUGCGUCUUUAAAGGACUGUAAUGAAAGAUCAUUGCAUAUUUAUUGAAUUGUUUAUAUCUACUGUCAAGUUGUUUUGACAUGGAAGAUUUUCAAGUAACAUUGGCAGAGAGGUACAGUAUGUUAUCCCUAUGGUGAAAAUAAAUUAAUUUGUUGUACAUAGUUCCUCAAUCUCUGAAGUAAAGGUAUGAGUAAUAUAGGGUAUGAAUGGUUUAAUCAAGGCUUUAUUUUGGAAGUAAGAAAAAUGGCAGUGAUGAUUAAAUUGCUGCAGUCCAUAAUUUGGGCUUGUUAUUUGUACAUUAAAGAUUUUUUCCAAGUAAGUUACACUCUGUUAACUUCCUGCUAGCCAUCAGCAUGAGCCCUACUGCCUAAACACUAUUUCAUUUAUUUAUGUUUGGAAACCCCGUAAACAUUUUUGUUUGCAAUCUUGUUUCUUUUGUUAUAAGUCAAGUUUGAAUGUUACAAUACUUUUAUUGAAACUUUUGUUAAGUUUUUUCUUGUAAAUUUUCUUUACUUGUGAGUAUCAUCUUGUCCUUUAAUCCUGUACCCUAAAAUAAGAAAUACAUUUUUGACAGAGGCUUAAUGUUUUAACAAAAGAGUGUGGACAUUUUUAUUUUAAAAUUUAGGCAAAAAUCACUAUCAAAUGGUUGCUUAUUUGUCUCACACAGCCAUAUAGUUUUUCCUGGAGGGUUUUGUUUUGUUGUUGUUGAAAAGACUUUGCUUACAGCUAGAUAAAACUUUCUAUAGAAAACAAAAAUUGUUGAAAGGUCCAGUUCUCAGUACCAUGUGAGUUAAUGAUACUACAACUAAGUUCUUUUUAAAAAGUGAUUAAUGUAUUUUAUAAAUUACCUUUUCACAUAUGCAAAAUCUGUUUCUACUACAAUGUUAUUUUUACUAAUGCCUUAUUGUUGCACUCUUUUUGAAAUAUCCUGCAGUGAAUAUAUGAAUCAAUUUGGGCUUAAAACUGAAAGCCAGUUGGCUGAAAGGUUUGAAAUACAUACCCCAGUAAAACCAUUCAAUCAAUAAUUGGUAAAUAAUAUUUUAAAAUUGUUUUUAAUCUGUAUAGAUGACAUUUUGUAGCUUUGUACAUGUUGUUAAUUAAGGGCAUAUAAUUUUACACUCAAAGUAUAAUUGCUGAACUCAGGGGUGGGUAGACUUCAAAAAUAUGUCUGCUAUAGAAAUAACUUGAAAAAAAAAAUUAAAACCGUGGCCAGCCACCAAAUUGUGGACACUGUUUAUAUACUGCUAGUUAACAAUUACCACUUUUAAAAAAUUAUAACCGUUUUUGUUCUAUCUUGACUAGAUAAAUUCUCACAAUGAUCUCUGUCAGUUUUAUUAGUUGGCCUGUUUAACCAAGACAGAAAGUCUUUGAAUUACUCAUAGUUUUAAACUGCUUUUAAUAUGAAAAUUGCAGCUGUAAAUUAUGUAUUUUCAUAUUUUACGUAACUGCUCUACACUGCUGUUUGACUUGAUCUUUUUCUGGGGGUUAGGGAGAAAUCUGUCUCCAUAUUGCUGGUUCUCUUACUAAAAUGCUUUUAUAAAGAAAUGACCGGUGACAUUUAUUCACCAAAGGAAUUAAUAUACUGAGUCAAAGACUAACAAUGCUAUCCUAUAGAGUAAUAGGUCAUAUAUAGCCUCAAUUGAGUUUUUUAUGACAAUGUUUUAACAUACCUCUCUCUCUACAUAUAAAUACCAUAAAGUAAACUAAAAUGAAACAGAGGAAAGUAGAGGAAAAUGAAAUAAUUUCGGUACAUCUUAUGGUUUAAAGAGUAGAAAAUAAGAUGAAAUAUCCUAAAAUAUAGGAGCACAAACAUUUAAAAUUCAUAAUCAGGCUAACAACACUCUCUUGAAUUUAGGAAUCAUUGAAAACUCCUUGCACUUAGAUUUAAUUUAUAUGUUAGUUACAUUAUUAAAAGUCAUAAGGCAUUUAUCUGAGUCAUUGCUCUACAGAGAGCAAUUAAUGGCUUGUAAUAAUAAAAAGAAUAUUUCUCUGUAAUGCAUUGUUGAAAGACAACCAGAAUAUCAAGAAAAUGUAUAUAGGAAUAUGCUACUUGCCUCCUCCCUGCAUUUCCUCGUGGGGCACUAUUUGCUACAUAGGCCUACAGAAUUAGACUUUCAUACUUAGAAGAUAAGGUACACUCUUCUUCUUUUAUUUAUUUAUUUAUUUAUUUUUAGGCCAUUCUUCUGGUUUGCCAAAUUCUGUUAAGACAGUGAUACAUUUACUUCCUUAUUUAUGCAUGCUUAGAUCAUGAACAUGAUGCCCUUCCUUUUUUUUUUUUGGUCAAGUAGGGAUUAAUGCCAUAGGUUUUAGAGAGAAGGAUUGUUUUCAGUUUUUAAGAGAAUUUUUUAAAAAUACAUUCUAUGGUUCUCUUAAGGAAUUAAUAUUCACUUCUGAAGGACUUACUUGUAAUAUAUAAUUUAUCAUUUUAGCCAGCAGGGAAAUAAAUCAUUUUUAAUCCCCAGAAGAAAGUGCUGGAAAUAGCUUCUGUAUAGUCAGCAGUUCACCUGGAGAAAGAUCUUAAUUCCUUGUUGUUUUGACUAGGAAUAUCAACAUUUGGUAUAAAAUAACUAGAAUAGUUUAUUACCUUUUCCCUUACAAAAUUUUAAAUAUAUGCAAAUAUAUAUAUCAUUAGAUUCCUGUGGUGGAUAAUAAUUUCUUCAGAUUCUAAAACAGGUGUCUAGUGACUGCUUAAUUGUUUCCAAGUUGCGUCAAAGAUGAAUUGGUAAAUAAUGGAAAUGAGUAGUGAUAUGAAAAUGGUUAUGUAACUGCAUAUUGUUUCUGGUAAUCAAGUCUUAUUUUUUAAAAGCCUAUUGUUUUUCAGAAUUGAGAUAUUUAAAACUUGUUAUAACUUCUUCCUAAAAAUAGAAGAGAAGAGGAGGUACUGUGUGUUACAAAAAUUUUUUUAAAUAAAGAAUUCAGUGUCACUA